UGUUGGCUAUCUUCCACAAAAUAGUAUGUUGUGCCGCUACAUAAAAAGUUAAUUCUCAACAAAUAUCGACGAAAGGUCAAUUGUUAUCUGGUGGAAGGCGACCCAUGUUUCGAUGAUUGAAUAUAUUGAAUUUCCGUCCAUCUGUCUGCGUUUCAAAAAUAACUCUUUCCUGAUAUAUCGGGUAGGAAAAUAUCACUGGGGAGCGCAAAAAUCUUCGAUAAUUAUGAGAAAAUUGCUUUAGACAAAAGUUGACCAAAUUUGAGAGGUUAAAAUACUUUUCGAAACGUCAACUGUCACCGUUGUCCGUAAAUUUUGUCAGAAGAGAUCGAAAAUAUUUUCGGGCUCAUGGUUCAGGUUGAAAUCUAAUUCGCCAGAGUUUUUCAGACAUUUCUUAUGGUUAGGAGAAGGACGGCGCGAGUCUGGCGAAAAAAGACUCAAACAAAAACAAGUUCAAAUAACGUAUAUUCGAAAUGUGAGUGAACUUGGCCGUUGGCUCGACAAUAUCUCAAGUGCUGAUAAUCAUCAUUGCCUCGCCAUAUACAAGAAUUUAUCUCCUCUCGCUGACGAAAUUCUCGAGACCGAUUAUGUACAAAUUGACCAAGCGCAUGGGAGGAACCUCAAACCAAUAAACUGCGAAGAUGUAUAGUUGCGGGUCAGAUAUUGAAGGAGAACUUUCAAACUUUUAAUGCGCGAUUACCAAAAAAUCAUAUAAAAGGCGCAGCGGGAUUUUUUUUUUUAUUUCUUGAGGUGUGGAGGUUCGUUUGUGUCAUAGUGCUACGUUUCGUACGUGCUUCUUGGAUGAUGCAAACGUCAGCCGCGAUUAUCAGCCGGUACUAAUUAUGAAGCACAUUUUCUGCUGAUUACGAUUUUGGCAAGCGGUUCGAUAAGAAAGUCGGCCGAGUCUUUGACAGGGAUUUGCGAUUGUGAUGGCAAAACGUGACUGUGGAAUAAGCCGUGAAGUAGAGGAAACGAUAUUGGAGCCGUUGAUUACGGUCAGGAUGCUGUAUAUAUGAAUAUCGAUUUACACGUGAAGGGGCGUUGAAUCUCUGCGGCUGGUGGAAGCCCCACUUAUAGAUAUACCGCGAAGCGCUAACAGUAUAGGCGAGCGAGACCCUCGAGAAGGGCUUCAGCUGGAACCGGUAAUGGAAUUAUCCAGUGGUAAAGAUAUUUUUCUUCCACCUGAACCAGUAUUUGUUUUAUGCCCGACGAAACAUUCACUCGCAGUAAGCGAGACGCCUUCGAUGUCUCGUGAACAGCGUGGAUCUUGGACGGCCGAAAUAUCUCAGAAUUCGAUGGACUUGAUGAAGGCCCGGAAUUCUGGGUCAUUGGAUAUUAUAAGCCUGGAUGAACUCGCUUGGCACGAUAGCAUCGACGAUUGCUGGAUCGCUGUCUACGAUUACGUUUACGACUGCACGGAAUUCCUCGAUAAUCAUCCGGGAGGAUUCGAUGUUAUUUUGGAAUACGCAGGACGGGACGCCACACUCGCUUUCAUCGGGACUGACCACUCGAACGACGCGAAGAAACUCCUUCAAAAGUAUCUAAUUGGCGAACUGCCUAUGGAUGAAAGAUUGUUCCGUAAAAACGAUGGUAUUAAAAUAGUUGAACUGUGAUACUAAAGAACACAAAAAAACAGAAAACAUGUUUAUUCUCACGUAAAAAUACACACUGUAAAAAGAGCGCUUCGAUUAGUUUUCCGCUCAUGAUUCAUAACACUUCUUUCUUAUUUACAAUGAUCCUACUGGCGCAGGAUUUUAGAGUUAUUCGUUACAAAUCUCAUUAGAUUUCAUAACCAGAAUUUCAUACCGACUGCACUAUUUUUUCAUUUUUAUCAGAGUUAACAAUCUUUACUCCUAAAUGCCUAGAAAUAAUACUUGACGUUAAGUUGCAAAUGGUCUUUCAUCAGAAAUAAAUUGUCGACCUAUCCGACUAGGAUCUCAGCUCAGGCCCCGAAAGCCCCCUCCGACUGAGUUUUUCAAUCGUGGCACAUCUUAAGACAUUAUUUUACAAUAUUAUGACGACGAAUGUGGUGAGGAAACGAACUUGAGUCGUUGGUUUUAUAAUUUUUU